AAAGCGGCUAGCUAUAGGGGAAGGGAAUGAUGAACAUGUACAGUUGACUGGGAAGACUUAGAAACCUCUAUAAAUGAAGGCGCCAUUAAUCAUCCCAAAUAUUAUAAGUGAGCGACCGAUCCAUCGAAAUAUGGUUUGUUCUAAGAACACCAUCGCUGGCUGGAAACUGGUGGUGGCAGUGGCGGUGAUGAUCGUGUUCGUACUUCUCUCGUCAACCCCAGCAAUGGCUUCCAGAGUCCUACUGGAAGUUGGAGUCGUCAAACCAGAUGGCUCCCUAAAUCUAAUCUCCGUUGUUUAUGAUCAGGGGAUUGGCCACACGGAGGAGGUUACCAUCCACCAGGCCAGAAGGAUUGAAGAGCCCAAAGAAAAGAUGCUUUCAUCGAUGCACUCUUAG